AGUUUCAGCUGUAUAGUACAGCACCUCACAACAGUGGGAAUCACAAACAAAAUACGCUUAAAUAGAAAGGAACUCUAACUCACUCAAACUUGUCUUUGGGCUAACGUCGGGUGAAGACUGUGCACGCGCCCCCUUGUGCGUAAAAGAGGACGUCCUCCAGCUCAGGACGCAGCGACUCCUUUCACUCACCUGGAAGCGCAGCGCCGACACAGAGACAGACACACGGACAGGUAAACACAAGAGCCGGAAGAACGAGUUGUGUUCUCCUUGUAGUAUUUUUUUCCCCUCUUUACUCACUCCUGGUGUUUCUUAUACAACUCAUGGGGUUUUUUUAUGUGUGAAAAGGUUAAAAAAUUAAAAGCAUUUUUUUAUUUAUGAAAGUGAAGCGACAUCUGAGGAGGAAACAUGAGCGAGCAGGGGAAGAGGGUGAUCCUGAUCGUGGUGGACAUUCUCUGCGUCUUUGUCGCGGCUCUGCCCUCGGCCAUUCUGACGCUGAUGUUCAGUCCUUACCAGAGAGGAAUCUACUGUGAUGACAAGAGCAUCAAAUAUCCGUACCGGAGAGACACCAUUUCCCAUGGGGCCAUGGCUGCAUCCACCAUCACCUGCUCCAUCGUCAUUAUCACCACAGGAGAGGCUUAUCUGGUUCACACCAAACGUCUCCAUUCCAACUCCAAGUUCAACCAGUACAUGUCUGCUCUCUACAAAGUGGUAGGCACCUACCUGUUCGGAGCAGCCGUUAGCCAAUCGUUGACUGACCUGGCAAAGUUCACCAUAGGUCGCCCCCGUCCAAACUUCAUGGCAGUGUGCGCCCCCAUCCACUGCGAGGGAUAUAUGCUGCAUAUCAACUGCACAGGCAGCAUCCGGAACGUGACGGAAUCUCGGUUAUCGUUCUAUUCUGGCCACUCUGCCUUUGGGAUGUACUGCAUGCUCUUUCUGUCGCUCUAUGUUCAGGCCCGAAUGCAGGGGAAGUGGACGCGGCUGGUCAGACCGACAAUCCAGUUCUUCCUGGUGAUGUUUGCGCUGUACGUGGGAUACACACGCGUGUCCGACAACAAACAUCACUGGAGCGACGUCCUGGUCGGGCUGCUGCAGGGAGCGCUAGUCGCUUCCCUCAAUGUUCGAUACGUGUCGGACUUCUUUAAGCAGCGACCGGCCCCCCGCAACCAGCCAGAGGCACCAGAGGUCCGACAACUCGAACGCAAGCCAGGCGUCUCGCAGUAUGACCAUGUUACCACUGAAUACACAAACACUACUUACUAACCUGGGCCUUCGCUCACUUUGGCAGCAGCAGCAGCAGCAGCUUUAUCACCAAAGGACCAUGUGACCAACAUUUUAAAUUAGAAAACAAAACACUGCAGUAACCACUAGCUGGACAUUCAAACACUUUCUCCCACUUCGGGAACGCUGGGACUUCCCACUGAUUUCACAGCGAGGAAAUUCCUGAAACCACGUGUGCCUCUCUCAGUUUGGGUGUGUGUGACAUGAUUUAUGGUGUGUUUUUUGUUGUUUGUGUAUAUGUACUUUGGCAACACGACUUUGUGUUGCCAUAGUGUGCAAUGAUGACCCGUGAAUAUAGGUAUUUUUUAUUUUAGCCUUAGUUAUUUUUUAAAUUAAAAGUUGAAAUUGUCAAUGUAGGAGAGGAACGUUUCAGAUUUAGCGAGGGACAUUUUAUAGAUUUAUGCUGCACGCAUGGUAAUGAAAUAGAGCAAAAAGACUUUCAAGGAAAUAUGUGGAGACUGAAUGUUUAAGAUUUUUGUUAUUUUACUUACACUGGAGCUUUAAAUAUAGUGUAUAUACAUGGACACAUGUGGCUGUCCCUCACACUUUUGUCUACAUUUGAAUGUUGUCAAACAUGUUCAUAGGUUUUAUAGGUUUAUAUAUGGACUGGUCCAACCAUCAUAUUAAUACAAAGUGUAUAGUAAACUAUAGCAACAUUUUUUUUUUUAUAUCUUGUUUAUAACUAGUCUAAUGAAUUAUGUAGCUUUUUAAGAAUGUAUUGCCACGAUGUUAUGGUGAUGUUACAGUAAAACUUUAAGCUGGUAA